GUGCGCCGCGCCGCCGAGCACCAUCACCACAUGCUGCGUAUUUUUAAUGAACGCCGUGGAGUGCUUCUAGGCCUUCGUUAUGCAGAACCUUUAGUGAGACUUAGACAUGCGGCAAGCGCUCAUAAUGCAGCGUUACCGUUCUCGGAAAUACCGAAGAUUCCAGCAUUGCCUCUGGUCGGAAGUGCUUGGAUUUAUUUUCCUCUUAUCGGUCGGUAUGAUAUCCGGGAUGGCAGUGGAGCUGCGUGGGAUAUAUACCAAAGGUAUGGCCCCAUUGUGGUCCAGCAGCUACCGGGACGGCGGGCUAUUGUGCGCCUGUUCAGCGCAAACGACAUUCGGACACUCUACCAAGAGGAAGGAAGGACACCGCGCCAUGUUGGAUCGCUGGCUCUUAAGCUUUACCACAAAAGCCGAAAGCCGCAGUUCUUUGCAAAUGACGGCCUACUGCACGCCCAAGGUGACGAGUGGCGGCGGAUCCGGUCGCAGACACACACCAGCGUUUCUGCACCACAUGUCUUGCAAAGGUACGCCGAUGGCAUUGCUCGCGUUGUCGACGACACAGUUUCUCUGAUUUCCUCGGUGCGGGAUGAAAAGGGAGAAGUGGAAGACUGCCACGUCCUCAUGAGAAGGUGGGCUUUAGAAUCAACAAUAUUUCUGACCGUUGACCAGAGACUUGGUGUGUUGGAACAUAACCUCGACGUCCACUCGACGGCAGCCAAUAUUUUGAACCUUAUCGAAGAAUCGUUCGCCAUACUGAAUACGCUGACUACAACGUUUCCUUAUUACCUCUACUUUCCAACGCCGAAGUGGAGACGGUUCGUCCGCGCCGCGGACGAAGUCAUGAGGUAG